AUGGCGACAGUAUACAAUUAUUUGCAAACAGCUGAUGAGUUCUUUGCGGAAUUACAAGAUCGCGCCGAUCUUGCUGAGAGCAGAAGACAUAGGAGAUUCCAUGCCGUACUUCUUCUUCAGCGUAUGACCAGAGGUUACUUGAUUAGGAAGCAUGUGGCCUGGUUGUCGAAAAAUGCUACCACCAUACAAUGUGCUUUUAGAAUGCACAGAGCAAGAAAGGCCUACAGAGCUGCUUUGAGACGAGCUGUGAGGAACAAACACGCGAGAUAUUACGCUAGAGCCGCUACGAUGAUACAAGCACUAUGGCGCGGAUACUAUUCGAGGAAAACCAAGUUCUGCUACUAUACUUAUCGUCGUUGGCUGCGCACGGUCACUGAGCGGGGUGAAAGAAGAGCCGCGGAAGCUGCCGAAUUCGGCAUCAGAAGUCGAGCAGACGAUCUGAAGAUUCUAGAAGAGGAAGCGCGUCAGUGGCUUGCCUAUGUCGUCUUCAAACUCCACCACCUACUAAGAACCUACAACGUCGCCGGUGUAUACUCAGACCGAGCCACACACGAACUCUCAGAAUUCGAGAAACUUCUAAAAGCCAUCAAAUACACCGAUUACAUGAAGCGCCUGAGAAGGAAAUACGACGAGUUUGUGAGAAAACACAAACCGAAUUUCUCGAACAAAAAACUUUUCCCGAUCAUUGGCGAAGGCGCCGAUUAUUGGUACUUGUCACUGCCAGAGAUGUACGAUUUGACUGUGCCUGUGUCACCGGGUUAUGCGCCUGAGAAGAAUCGCCACUCAGAUACAUAUCACGGGAAGCAACAUAAGGAACCGUUCUUGUGGAGGAAAGUUAGGCACCCGGUUGCGAUAGAGGGCAGAGGUCCGUACACACCGCCGAGGUCUCCAAAGCCUCUAUCUCCACCAGCGCCCGCUCCGACACCGACCCCUGGAGGCGGUGACGCCACCGAGCCCCGCAAGGAUCCUCGCUUCUAUCUCUACGUGAAGUACUACAGACCUCGACCAGACCUUAUGGACUACGUCGACUUCCAUGUAAACGCACUCCUCAAAAGAAAAUGUUCAAUUGAAGACAUAAAUCUCGACACCCCGAAAUCACAAAAAACCAUACAUAAUUAA